AGCACCAUAUUGACACUGGUAAUGCCCGACCAAUUUAUCGACAACCAUAUCGUGUGUCACCCGCAGUAAGAACAAGUAUCGAUAAUCAUGUACAUGAAAUGCUUGAUCAAGGUAUUAUCCAGCCUUCAGUAAGCCCGUGGGCAGCCCCUGUAGUUCUAGUACGAAAAAAAGCUAGACGGCACUGAACGUUUUUGUGUUGACUACCGACAGUUAAAUAAAGUCACUCAGCGAGAUUCUCAUCCGAUUCCUCAUGUACAAGAUACUCUUGAUUGUUUGCAUGGUACUUCAUAUUUUUCUUGUCUUGACCUGCGAUCAGGCUAUUGGCAAGUCGAAGUCGAUGACGAAUCAAAACCAAAAACUGCUUUUGCGACACAUAGCGGGCUAUAUGAAUUUCGUAGAAUGCCCUUCGGGUUAGCCAAUGCCCCGUCAACAUUCCAACGCUUAAUGCACGCUGUUUUACGUGGCCUCCAGUACCAAAUUUGCUUAGUGUAUUUAGAUGACAUUAUAAUCUAUUCGCGCUCAUUCGACGAUCACUUAGACCAUCUAAAUGAUGUUUUUAGUAGGCUCCGGUCUGCGAAUGUUAAACUUAAGCCUAGCAAGUGCUCAUUUGCGCGCUCCACUGUGGAAUAUCUCGGACAUGUUGUCUCUCGCGAUGGUAUCCGACCAGACCCUAGUAAAAUUGCAGCAGUCGAAAACUUUCCAGUUCCUCGAUGCGUUCGCGAUGUUAGAAGUUUUUUAGGCUUAGCAAACUACUACCGUAGAUUCAUCAAAAACUUUGCAUCAAUAGCAUCGCCACUUAACAAGCUUACGCAUAAAAAUGUACGUUUUUAUUGGGACGAGUCUUGUGCAAAAGCGUUUCACACCCUAAAAUCCUGCCUGACAUCAGCACCAAUUUUAGCGUACCCCGAUUUCUCCCUGCCAUUCGAGUUGAACACCGACGCUUCGUCGACUGGUAUUGGUUUUGCAUUAUGUCAAACUCAAGAUGGCAAAAGUCGUGCUAUCGCAUAUGGCGGUUGUGAUUUAAACACUGCGGAACGUAACUACAGUACAACUGAACGGGAAGCUCUAGCUAUCGUUGAAGGCAUUAAGAAAUUCCGCAAUUAUCUGCAUGAUCGAAAGUUCGUAAUUCAUACAGACCACCACGCCCUCCGUUGGUUGAUGUCAAUUAAGGAUCCAAGUGGUCGACUUGCGCGUUGGGCUUUAUUGCUACAACAAUACGAUUUCACCAUCGAAUAUAGAUCCGGCAAGCAGAACUUAGAUGCAGAUGCUCUUUCUCGCCGUUCGUAUGGUACACAGCUUCACAUUGGCGCAUACGAUUUACCUGGGGUACCAAUUGACCGUAUUCGUGAAUUACAACGCCAAGAUGCUGAACUCUCCGAUCUCAUCACCUUCUUGGAAACCGAAGCACUUCCAUCUAACAACAAAAGAGCUCGCUCGUUCGUACUUUAUGGCGACAAAUUUUACCUGGAUGACAAUGGUUUGCUAUUCUCCCUUUGGACACCCAGUAAACGUACCCAACGUGACGUAUGCUCACAACUUGUAAUUCCAGACGCUUUAAAGCAUGAAGUUUUGGUUCGGGCUCACGAUGAUGUUACCGCUUGUCAUCUUGGUACGCAGAAGACAUAUGGGAAAAUCCGCACUCGUUACUACUGGCGUAAUAUGUUCCGGGAUAUUGACAGAUGGUGCAAAAGCUGCGUCGAUUGUGCAAUGAAGAAAUCGCCUCGUAACAGACAUAACGCUCCUCUUUUGCCAAUUCCAGUAGAAAACGCUUUCGAUCGCCUUGCAGUUGACUGUUUGGGACCAUUCCCACUUUCAACUGCUGGAAACCGUUAUGUCGUUGUCUUUACAGAAUACCUCACUCGCUGGCCAGAGGCGUUCGCCGUCCCUACUACAGAUGCUCCAACCAUUUCUCGUCUCCUAGUUAACCAUAUCGUCCUUACACAUGGCGCUCCUCGAACUUUAUUAUCGGAUCGCGGAACUAACUUCCUAUCAUCACUUGUUAGAUCGGUCUGUGAACUUCUCAACACCAAAAAAGUGAAUACAACAGCGUACCAUCCACAAACAGACGGUCUUGUUGAAAGAUUCAACCACACACUUUGUCAAUCCGUGUCAAUGUAUGUCAGUCGUGAUCAAAAAGACUGGGACACCCAUCUACCAGCGAUACUCUUUGGUUUUCGCGUUAGUCCCCAGGAGACCACCGGAGAUAGUCCAUUCUAUUUACUUUACGGACGUGAGCCAAGACUCCCCAUCGAUGUUUCUCUUCUUCCUCCGUCCAACGUCACAAAGUCUGUCAAGAAACACAGAGCGCGCAUAGUCCAAACAAUAGACGAAGCUCAUGCUAUUGCUCGCGCAAACAUCCAGCGAACACAGCAAUCCAUGAAAGCCCGUUAUGAUCGUUCAGCCUGUGAAUCCAAAUUUAUGCUUGGAGAUCGAGUAUGGGUAUAUACACCAAAGACAAAGAAAGGUCUUUCACGUAAACUUAUGCAUCAUUGGCAUGGACCAUUCCGUAUCAUAGAAAAAUGCUCACCAGUCCACUUCAAACUGCGAACCUGCGACAAUCGCCUCGUCUCCAUUACUGUCCAUGCAAAUAGAAUGAAGCCUUACUACGAUCCAGAUUCGCGUCCUCAGACUCCUCCGAAUAUUGAAAUGCCAGAUGAACCACCCAUUCCUGAAGACGAACUUCCUGACGACGCGCUUGCUGACAAUACACCGGUCCAUGAGCCCAGCAUCGACCAAUCUGUUCCGGCAGACACAUCAGUUGUAGAAGAAAAUUUGGAAACAUAUAAUAUAGAACAUAUCAUUAAAGAGCGUAAGCGCAAGGGUAAGAAACAAUUUUUAGUUAAGUGGGAAGGGUAUGACCCUGAGCAUAAUUCAUGGGUAGACGAGACUGACAUUAUUCACCUUGAACAAAACAACAACUAACGUACGAUACCAUCUCAAGGCUUUUAACCUCUGGGACGACUUGUUUUGUGAUCCGGAUGUUCAGGAUCUCAUGCUUGUGUUGUCCAGACUUCGGCUGUGAACUAUUUAGCCUCGCAUGUACCCCUCGUUCGGACACGUUAUAAUUGUGUGUGAAGUAUAAUUAGAUGUCGCACUAUGUGGGAAGUUGAAAGUGAAUGAUGAGAAAAAGAAUGUAAAAUAGGCUUUGUUAUUGCUCGCAUGUACCCCUCGUUCGGACACGUUAUAAUUGUGUGUGAAGUAUAAUUAGAUGUCGCACUAUGUGGGAAGUUGAAAGUGAAUGAUGAGAAAAAGAAUGUAAAAUAGGCCCUUUGUUAUUGUUUUGUUAUUGUUUUGUUAUUGUUUUGUUAUUGUUUGUUUUGUUAUUGUCCCUUCCAUGACACAACUAUGUUCUUUUUCCUUAAUAUUUGGUUCAAGUCAAAUUUCACAUGCCUUUGCAAUUAGGUGAGUAUUUAUCUGUAAUCAAUAUACGGAUACAGUUUCAGUUAAAGUUCUCAACAGUGGAAUACAACGAUGGUUGCACAUGCAAAGAAAUGUACAAUUACUGAAAGACUGCUAACCUUGAAAUCAAGAUCAUAUUGAACUUAUUUAAUUGUAAUAACUUUGAAAACCGGGAGGUUUUCACUUAAAGGAGAGAGAUAUGUUAUACACGGAAAUAAUACACUAGAAUUAUAUGCACGAGUGUUGCACGUGAUGAUCACAUGAAGAAUACAAUGAACCAUUGAUGAACAAUGCACAAUAGCAUAAUUUAAUUAACAGGAAACAAUGUGUAUGACACUGUCAGGAAACAGUGAGUGUAUUAGAGUCUUAGUGUCAGAGUAGAGCUGACUGUAGUCAGAGCGUUUGUAUCUAUCAAAAGCUACGCACAGACGCACACAAUAUUCAAAAUAUAUAUAUGUGAUAAAAGAAACCGUGUUGGUGUCAGUGAUAUUGAUAUUCUUGUUGUUGAGCUAUUACCCCUACGGCCCCGACGAUCCUGCUGUAUUAGUCUGAAUAUAACCAAGAAAAGGGGUCGUAUAACACUAACCAUGCACUUAACAUUAAUCUUUACUUAUUAACCAGUUACUGAUAAGUUGUUUUCCUUUCUUUCUACUCAUUUCUUCUUUCAAACUAUGUAACCGUUUUUGUAAUAUUAAACCAUUAUUUUGUAAAUAUAUAUAUACCAUACCCUGUAAAUUCAUUUAGAUUGCUCUGAAGAUGUUGUAUUGUAAACAACGAAACGUUAGCUAAUUAAAAUUUUACUUUUAUUAUGUUUGGUUUUAAAGUUAUUUGCUGGGCUCUGCUCUUUAUCUUUAGAAUAGGAAAUUCGCUAGACGGUGCUCCAUCAAUUAUGACACGACUUGUGAGCUUGCUGUACCAGUUUCUUAGCAGUCUCCAGGUUUUUCCUUGAAUACCGAGAUUGAACAUUUUAUAAAACAUUCCAGAGAUCCACACAGUAUCAAAUGCCUUUGCUGUGUCCAAGAAGCAGCCAUAGACUUUGCUUCCGUUUUCAAUGUUGUGUAAAACAGCUUCUUGUAGUGACAUUGUAGCAUCUAGGCAGCUUUUUCCUGCCUGAUAUGCGUAUUGCAGGUUGUUCGGAAAUCCUUUCGCACCAAAGAAGGGCAUCCAUCUGUUAAGUAUCAGUCUUUCAAAAAUUUUUCCGAUAACAUUCAGCAACGUGAUGCCUCUGUAAUUGUCUUUAUUAUGCCUAUCUUUCUUGUUAGUUUUAUACAGAGAUAUAAUGUCACCAACAGCUAGAACAUUAGGAAUUUCCUCCAUUUCUCUAAUGGCAUUGAGUAUUUCAGUGAGAACCUUCAUGACUGCUUGACCCCCGUACUUAACAUGUACAUAAUACAGACCAUCAGGUCCGCAUGCCUUUCGAUUCGGUAACUGUGCACACGUACUGCUAACUUCGUUAAGCGUAAAGGCAGCGUCCAGGGCAUCGUAACUCGCAUUUAGACUUUCAAUUUCAUAAUCUGCCAAGCAAUUUUCAACAUAGGAAGUAAACUUUGCGUCAAAAUUUGAAUUAUAUUUAAGCUCGUACAAAUCUGAAUAAUGAUCCUUCCACACUUCGCGUAACUCGUUCGGGUCAUUUAUAGUCUUUCCGUAUAUUUUCAAACUAUAUGAUUGUAGUCCUCUAUCCUUGCGUCGUGUUGACAUGGUGCGUUGAAAUGCACCUCUGUCUUGCUCAAAAAUGUUUUCAAAUCUUUCAUACUCUUUGGAUUCAUAUUCAUAGGCUUUUCAUCUAAGCUGCUUUCUAAAAUCACGUUUGGCUUGCUUGUAAGCACGAAAAAAUGAGUUAUUAGGAUCCCGCGGACGUCCCUGCGUUAUCCAAAUCUUGCGAAAGUGACGACACUUUUUGUGCAGAGGUUUCAAACCUUCUUUCCAGUAAGGCUUAAGGUGACUUUUAAAUUUUAAUUUUGGGAUCGAUUGAUCAGCAGAUGAUUUAAGCGCAGUUGUUACAUCUGGUAGUAUAUCGUCUAUUGAUGAAAUAUCAACGUACGAACAAUCUUCAAACUGUAAAGUGUCAAGAGCAGGAGUUACAUUUAAUUCAUAAGCUUGCCUAACUGAAGGUACAGCGAUCAUUUUCCAUGCUGGAGAAGGCUUCUGUAUGGAAUUGUUCAAUUUAUUUGUUGCACAUACUUUAUAGCAGAAAAUUGGUCGAUGAAAUGAAAGAUUUCCACAAUCAUCGUCAGAUACAAGACAAGAUUUGACAAGGUCUAUGUGAUCAUUCCUAAUGAGAAUAUGGUCUACUGUUGUUUUAGCUAGUCCAUUGUUGCUAUAAAACGUUUCAAUUGGUCCUGUACAAAACAAUUGUGAAUUGACAGAGAUCAAUGAUAGUCUCUUCAUUAUUCUUUUGAAAUGUGUUCCUCUAAUGUUUAUGUCUGCAAAGCUUCUAGGUCCCCCGAAGAGCCUAUGUGGCAAUUGAAGUCACCAAGAACCAUAAAGGACCCGCGAUUGGAAAGUUCAUUAGUGACGUCCUCUAGGGAUUCAAGAGUUUCUUUAUAGACAGGAAGGGGUAGGUUAGACGAGGGAAAAUAUACUCCAAUAAUAUAGAAAUUGUAUUUGUCCAAGGUUUUAAAAUUAAUGGCUACAAUUCGGUCAUUUCCUAUUUCUUCUAGUAUUUCUACGCUUGCGUUUAAUGAUUUUCUCCAAAAAAUAGCAAUGCCCCCUUUGCCUCUCCGCCAUAGUGAAUUUAAGUCCAAAUUGCUACUGCAUCUUCCCCAACCCGUAACGUUUUGGUGUAAUGUUUGAAUAAUUGAUAUAAAAUCAGGAUAAAGCCAGUGUUCUUGGAUAACUAAUAUGUCUGUAUUAUUUAAGCAUUGCUCUAUAUAUGGUAUAUUGCAAAUCAGUCCGCCCACAUUUAGCGUCGCAAUACGCAUAUUGUCUUUGUUUACACUAUUCAUAGGAUUGAUUAGAGUUGGUUUGUCUUGAUUUAUAGUAUCAAGUUUAUUUUUCGUUAACCAAGGUUUACAAGACACAAAAGCUGGCCAGAAAUCUUUUUGAGAUAUAACAGAACAAUCUUUUGUAUUUACAUUCAAUUUGACCGAAAUAGUCCCCUUUCGCCGACUUGGAAAUACUUUCAAUUGAGUGGGCUGGAUCUCUCUCUUUUCUAGAAAACCAAUUAUGGUUUCAUAGGUUACGGUGUCAGAAAUUCCACUCAAAAAGAAUUUUCUAACAUGUCUACGUUUACGUUUAACGCCGACAAAGCCAUCACCAUCAGCUUCCGAAGUUAAAUCUACAUUCGGGACAUGCUCUGGCGCUUUUGAUAAAUUAGGCUGAAGUUUGUUUUGAUUUGGCUGAAUGUUUAGAUGCCGACUAGUAUCUGAAUUUGUAUGUACAUUGUCUUCAUCAACAAUAGCGUUGACUACAGACUUGUUAGUUACAUUACCAUUUGUCAUAUUGGAUGCGGCAUUGUUUUUUGUUUUUUCAAUAGAUUCAAUCGAAGGUGAUUUGCCUGGUGUUGGCCUAGCCGUACUAAUUAACAGGGGAGUAGUGUUUUUUGAACUGGUUACGCCGUUUGCAUCGUUAUUUUUUGGUUUAUUGUUGGGGUUCAUCGUCGCUUCUGAAUAAGUUUGGCGUGCUUCUUUAUUUAAAUUUGGUGCUCGCUUUUCGAGUGUCAAUAAGCGAGAUUUUAAUGUUAAAUUUUCAGAUUUCAAAUGAUUUAUUUCGCUCUCUUGUUUCUGAAUAGUUUUUUCCUUUUGAGAUAACUGCGCUAAAAUAUCAUUUAUAUCAUGAGUAAAUUUCUCCUUCAAAAUAAACACAUCUGCUUCGAUAGAAGCUAUACGAGCGGAGCAGUGUUUGUGUGUUAAAUGCGACUCUAAACCAGACAUAUCACUUCGCCCUUGCGUAGCAUUAAGAAUGGGAAUCCCAAAUAUUUUCUCAGCAAUGUUAUCACUACUAUCACUCACUGUUAUAAUGUUUUCAGGUAAACAGUCAUCUAGCUCCAGAUCUAAACAUAGAUUUAAUAGCAGGUUCAACCACCCCAGUAUCCAAACAUACCAUUAGUUGCCAUAUAUCUUCGGCUAAACGUUCUUCAAGUGUUGAAAACGUACUGUUUCCCUUAGGCUUUCUUCUUGUAUACAUAUCCCCUUGCGGAAAAUGAGAGACUUGCUGGCAUUCCGAGCAUAGCUUAUACUUGAAUUCAGUUAACGUUGACACGGUUCCAAUUUCUAACAACUUCUCAACUAUUUUAUCCUUUGGACGAUCCUUCCAAGUUUCAUAAAAGCUAUCAAAGGGUAAUGACAGAUUCGACGCGUCGUUAUUUCGAGUUCUGCAGUGUCAAAACGUGGCGCGCAGGUUGCCAAAUACCACUACAAAGUUAAUAAUCUAUUCACUGCAGCAAAAGUCUUGUAAAAAGACAACUUAUAAUUCAAUAAGGACGUGGCUCAAAUGUCAUGACCGUCCGCCAUUUUGCAACCUGAUAUAGAAUAGAUAGAUAGAUAGAUAGAUAGAUAGAUAGAGAUAGAUAUAGAGACACGUAGAGAUAGAUAGAUAGAUAUAUUGAUUUUUUAUACUGUUAGAACUGGACAAGGAGUUUCAAUAAAAUAGAUUUCGCUGAAUUCAGAAAGCCUUAACUUAAAUUUUGAUAUAGGCUAUGACUUGAAUAUUUGAGCAAUAUUGAAUGAAAUACUACAGUUUCAUUUCGAAGAACCAUUUUUGAAAAUGCUUAAAAUUACAUUAAAUCGGGCUAUCAAAUUAACAUUUAAUUUAAUGCUGUUCUUGUCAACACAAUAAUAUUUACACAUUCGAUGAUUUAUUCAUCUGAAAAAGCAUAUCCUUGAACACCUACACAAAGUCGUGCUCUGUUAACCAUGCCAGAAAAAGCGCUUUAUAUCAUUUGUGCAUCUGAACUUUGGCACGCUAAGAUAACUGCCUGCCGGAGAUGUCUCAAAUUCCUAGGCUGCUGCUCAUGCGGGACGUUCCAGAUUUGUUGCUUCAUUUCGAACUUUGGCAUUCGAAUUUUUCAUUUCCCGCAAGGCCCAGAGGUAAAAAUAUUUUAUGUAAACCAUAAUAAAAUAAUACAAGAUUGAAGCUAACUUCUUUAAAAUUUUCAAUACCCUGAAAAAAUAGCAAAUGUCUUCAAAGAAAUUUAAUAAGCCGUUUUAGUAGAUUUUUUCGGCAAUUUUCAAUUUUCAAUUUUCACUAAUAUAUAUAUAUAUAUAUAUAUAUUGUUAUGGUGCGUUAUUUAUGCGUCAAAUAUAUGUUCCAAUUAGGUAUAUUUUCAACCUUUAGGCUUCGGGUUCAAAUUAUAUUAACGCUACCGUAACACAAAUAGCAUGAAACCUUAUACCUUUUAUAUAUUUUAUUUACUUUCAACAAUAUGAAUUAGCGUCUCUAUAAUGUUAUAAUAAUAUAGUAAUCUUAAUAUAUCAACUUAUCUCUCUAUUUGUUUGAGCUGAGCACAACUUUGAAUCUUUAUUCUUUAUACUUUGUAUUCCGUCUUCUUUAAUAAUAAUUAUUCCACAAUAUUCCAAUGUUCUUCAGUUUACUUGACGAGGCUUAAUUAUCUAGCCUUUUAAUUAUAUACUUCAGCCUUUGUUGGCUUAUGAAGUAUUUUAGCCUAAAUGGCUCUUCUCACUUCACUCUCCGCUCUCGACUCUCAGGUUGUGCUCAGCUUUUAUAAUAAAUUUUAGAGGAAGAAAUCUGUAACUAUGACUAAUUUCCUCUACGCAAUAUGUUUGUCAAAGCAAGUUCCAGCAGUGUUUAUCAACCACAAAACUAUGUCCUGUUUGCGUGGUUUGUGGUACUAGGCGUUUCCCGUGGUUCUUUAAUCUCUCUAAAUAUUUGCUUAUUCAUGCGAGGAAGGUUGCCUAAGGUCUUCCUCUUAUAAUUAUAACAGUAUACUGAAUAUAUAGUAUUGAAUACAGUAUUGAAUAUAUUAAAUAACAUGGUAUAACACUGUCAUGUUACAAUGCACUAUUCACCUCCGGACAAAAACAAAACGAUAUAUAUAUAUAUACUUCCUUUUAUAAUUAUAACAGUAUACUGAAUAUAUAGUAAUGAAUAUAGUAUUGAAUAUAUUAAAUAACAUGGUAUAACACUGCCAUGUUACAAUAUAUAUAUAGGAUAUAUAUAUAUAUAUAUAUAUAUAUAUAUAUAUAUAUAUAUAUUAGUGCUUUCCUGUUGGCGAUUUUAUAUGCGUUUGGGCAGUUUUAGGCGGUUUAAGAGAACUUUGGUCAAUUAAUUUUGACCUGCGAUUUAAGGCGAGGAGUUACCACCCCAGAGUAGGCCGUCAUAUGUCAAUACACUAUGUGUAUCAAUCAGAGACACUAUCUUGAUCAAUUUGCGAUAGGAUCUCCAAAGAAAGUACAUGUGCAGACAACAUGAAACUUUAGACAGUCACUGCAGAAAAUUUCACAAUCUGUUAUCAAACUUAUAUCACAGAAGUGGUAAAGGACAUAUAUGUGACAACUGAAUAGUACCGUUUGUAAAUAUUUUGGCCAGGGGAGGGUAUUUAUUUUUUAAUUGAUAGUUGGGGUUGGGUAAUCAGGUUUUUUUUGCUUUUUAGCCUAAUGGUUGGGUCAGCAAAAUUUUUGCCACGAAAAACAAUUCUCUUCGGUGCCACCCCCCGCCAUAAAUAAUGACCGGUCCCUUAUAUACAUACCUUCGCAGACUGUACCAUUGCCGCUGUAACCUGAAUUGCAUGUACAGUUAAAGGAAUUGUCUUCGUUUGCUGUACACUCGGCAUUGCCGUCACAAUUGUCGUGAGCACAUGGAUCAAAUACUAUAAAAAUACAUAAUGUUAUGUGAGCACAUGGAUCAAUUACUAUAGAAGUCCCAGGAGUAAGACGUGCUUUCUUUUGCUCAGUCUAAUCUUUCAAAUCAUUGGAAAUUGCCAAUUUCUACAAAUAAUUUCGCUUUAUUUGUUGUGAAUCUCUACGUUAUUAUGCCUCCGAAGAAGAAGAAUAUAAAACCGAACGACAGUUCAGUUAAAACCGAACGACAGUUAACGAUGAGGAAGCUGAAACUACGCCAGUCGCUAACGUCAACUUAAUUGGCUACACUGCAAAGUAGCCUAGAAGCAUUAAUGACAAUCGUAUGAAACAGCAGAUUAAUCAAAUGAACGAUCUUUUCACAAAGCACUCUAACUCGACAAAAGUGGUUUUAACCGAAAUAAAAUCAAGCCAACAAUUUCUCGGUCAAGCUGCAUGGCUAACACGAUUAAUGAAGUAAGGGUGGAGAACAAAAAACUACAAAAAGUCACCGAUGACCUACAACGUCGUUUUUACGAUCUUGAAAACAGUUGCCUUGAGUCAGAUACUGCAAUCGAAAAUCUUCGACAGUAUUCACGUCGGGAUACACUUGAAAUACAUGGCAUCCCAGUAGUUGAAGGGGAAAAUACAAAUGAUAUUGUUGUAAAAGUCGCUAAGAUGGCCGCCCCAGAGCAUAACUUUAAUGAACCUAUGUGAUCUAUAAGCCACCGGCUCCCCUCAAAGCGAGGUGGUAUUCUGGCAAUUAUUUCUAAUUUGUCCGUGAUUUAGGACGUACGGGAUUUAAUCUAUAACAAGCGACGAAAUUUGAGCUUCCAAACCAUCCAAGACCUCGGUUUCGACAUUGCUAGUCGUAUUUAUGUCAACGAAAGCUUGACUGCCCAAAGCCGGGCGAUAUUCGCCGAAGUGAAAAAGUUCCGCAACCACCAUGGUUUCAAAUAUAUAUGGACAAGGAAUGGGAAAGUGCAUCUAAAGAUGAGCGAUAGUCAGCAAGCGAAAUCUCACAUUUUCAACUCCAUGCAAGAAUACGACGACUUUAAGAGCAGAUUCAACAAUACCAGUGGCAUGCAAUGACUAAUUUUUUAUUCCUAUAUCCUGCAGAUAAGUUAUUUUAUUUUUAUUUAACAUUAUAGACAAUAGUUACACUUUGACUCCCUCAGCAGUGUUCUUCCUUUCUAUACGCUAGAUGAUGAUAGCUUUGAAUUAGAGUUAUUUGAAAUGCAGCAUGGUCGCGCGAAUUUUGAAGCCGAAAGAAUAGUGAAUUUAAAAUGUAAUCAAUUGCAUUUCAAGAAUCAAAAUAAUUGGACUCUAACAUAGACCCGGAACGAAACUCUGAUUAAUACUUCAUCCGGCACAAAAACUAACCAAUGUUGUCUUUCUGUUACGCAUUUGAAUAUACUUAGUUUAGGACGGAAUCUAGGUUGUCUACAGAAUUUGAUUUCAUGCCUGAAUUUUAUGUUCUCGGUAAUUGAAAUUUCGGAAACUUGGCUUCAAGAUUCAACCCAUCAUGUUGAUAUUAACGAGUUCAAUUCCGUGCACAAUCAUCGGUCUGAAAGAACUGGAGGUGGUGUUGGCCUGUAUAUCGCUUCUGCACUUGAAUUCAAAACACGGGCGACUUGUGUUUCGAAGACAAUGCAAUUGCUGAAUCUUUAUUUGUUGAAAUUUUUAAUCCUAAGGGAAAAAAUUAUAUCAUAGGAGUGAUGGCUAUAGACCACCUAACCAUAAAUGUGGCCAAUUUCAUCAGUGAACUAAAUUCUUUGAUCAGGAAAAUCUCGAGAGAUAACAAAAAUUGUUACUUCAUGGAUGAUUUCAAUCGGGACUUAUUGGACAACAGUUCUCAUCAAUUUACAAAUGAAUUUUUGCAGGGUUCCAAUUGGCAUUUUGCUUGUGCCUGGGGUACAGUAUUAAAAAAAAAUUAAUAGCCCAAUUUUCAAGUUUUCAAGUACCCCCCUAAUACUUUUUUUGCGAGACGCUUAUAAGGUUAGCGCAAAUGAAUUAAUGAUACAUGUUUUGAUAUGUAUUUAGUAAUAUAUGGCUGUAAAGUAUAGUCCAUUUUACAGGUUUUGAUACCAGUACUGAUGGAAAUUGGCAUGACUGCACUAUAAAAACAUUAUAAUUAGUGACAAUUGCAAUACAAUUACAAUACACGCAAUUUUAACAUUUCUUGUAUUGGUAAUGCAUAUCUUUAUAAAAUUGCCGUUCUAAGUUCUUUUGAAAAUCUAUACUAGACAAUUUGCAUGUUAGCAAAGCAUCAGGGGAAAAGUGGUGACAAUAAAUAUUGUGACGUUAUAAAGUUACCGUUCUAAAGGUCAAGUGCAGCUUAGAGAUGAGUGUGAUAUACUUUUACAAUUCAUGUAUAGAGUUUUAUAUAGACGUUGGUUUAUAUAAUAAAAACUCUAGUUUUAGUACUCAAACUAAAAAACAAGAACACGCCUAUGCCCACAUUAUUAGAAACAACAGCUUUAAAAACAACACCGAAGAAUCCAAUUUAGUUGAUGACUACGUAUCUCGUAAAAAAUGCCAAACAUGAAUCACAAUUCGUCAUUGCGUUAUUUGCGUAAAUAAUCAUUGCCUCAAUAAGUGAGUGAUAAGCAUGAUAACUAAUAUUCAGUACAUUGUACUAUUGGUAGCUGCACUGAAUACAAAGAAUAUAAUGUAUUUCUUGCUUUUUUUCUGAUUACACCAAUGUUAUUGCGACAGAUUUGCGCAAAUGUAAUUUGAUAUCACGCAUUGUAAUUAUAUAAAUGCAAACUGUCUAGUUUUCUGGACGUGAGAAGGUGAAGAAGACUGGGAACGUCCUAGUUUUUUGUGCGCAGGGGUCUGAGAACGUCCUAGAAUGACCUUAUUUGGAAAAAAACUAGGCUGUUGUCGUCAAAAACUAGGACGUUCCCAGACUCCAAAAUACCAAUCGCGCGUAAUGACGUUGUUUUAAUCUAAAUCUAGACAUAUUGACAGAAUAAAAACAUUCCUAAAACAGAGAUUAUUAAUAUAAUACGGAAACAGCUUUACAUAGCGUAUUAAAAUAGCAGAAUAUUUCGAAAUUAAGCACAAUAAUGUAGAAUACACAUACACAACACAAACUGACAACCGAUUUUGUGACCUAUAUCAGAGCGUCCUAGUUUACGCUUUCUGGUUGCCUAGUUUUUCAAUUUUUACCAUUUUUUUGCCUAAAAUUGGAAAAUUUAUGAGAUUGGGUUCCCAGGCACAACUGGUCUCAUUUGGAACCUUGAUUUUUGGACAUAAUGCAUGCUAGUUCGUUUUCUCCUCUAAUUACACUCCCUACUAGAUUAACGUCACACCCCGCAACACUUAUUGAUAAUAUAUUCACCAACAACUUGGGAAAAUAUGCCAUCAGUGGCCUAAUCUUGUCAGAUAUUUCCGAUUAUUUGCCUAUAUUUGCUAUCGCACAUGAUAUAAUGAUCUAAAAAUAGGUACGCGGUGCGUACAUGUUGCAAGCCAUUCGAGCAUAGUUGACACAGCAGAUAAGGCGUGAUAAAGCAACGCUGGGACUUGCCUGGGAGAACGAUACAACCCAGCUAACCUAGUCAUAUUUGGAUGAACUCAUUUGGCUGUUUACAAGUGUAGUACAAAUGCUCUCUUUUCGCUGUUUACUGCGUAUUGCGCAUUGUGCGUAUACCGAGAAUACAUUUCACCUGACCAACGUGUCACUAGAUUUGCUCCAAGUCUCUUUUUCAUUGUCAUAUAGUAUCGAUGCACUAUAGUGUACAUUACAUGACGUAGUACCGAGGGGCGUAGCGAGAAAGAGAGACUUGUCAACUUCGGAAAAUCUCGGUUCAAAACUGAACCGAAAAUGCAAGACUUGCUUUAAUUUAAUUGUUUUCUGUCAGUGUUUAUAUAUAUAUAUUGAUCUAGCACUGUGUAAAUAACAUGAGUUCCAUUAUAGUAAAUAAUACAGAAUGAAAUUGAAGGAAAAUCAUUAAAGCAAGUCUUGCAUUUUCGGUUCAGUUUCUAACCGAGAUUUUCCGAAGUUGACAUAGCCUGAGUAUCAGCCCUCGGCUACACGGCAAAAAACGCCGAGCCCGCUGCUCAACAGGAUUGAACAAUGUUUUGCUGCCCACGUUGUUCACAAUUGUCAACAGUAUUGAACAAUACUGUUGAGCCUGAAUCGGGUGUAACAAUAUUGUUCAAUAUUGUUGACAUCUAUGAACAAUAUGGGCAGUAGCCUGCGUAGCAGACGUUUAGCUGACAGGCCUGUGAAGAAGAAACACCUGCCCAAAUGGAUAUGACAAAUUUGUUUAAGUCCAUUAAGGAUGAUUGACGUUUUGUAAUUAGCACCUUCACCCAUUAUCCAAUCAUAGUCGAGAUUUAUAUUUAACAUCAUGCAUGCUUUUUGCUCAGCAACUACGGAGACUUUGAAGAGAUUUUAUGCACUAUUUAAAACACGAGCAGCAAUAGUCUAGGACCUGUAUAUGAGUUUGUAUGCGUUUCAUUUACCACAGGUAAUCUCAACUGUUUUAGGGUAAAAUGACCAUGGCUGUCAACAUGGCAUAUGUGCCAAAACCUGAAUCCUGGACGAAAGUCCUGAAAAUGACCCCGCCCUGAAACGGCAGUGCCGACAUAGCUCUAACUUCCGAAAAGCAAAAGCGACAGCCUUUCUGAAGUGCUUAUAGUGUUUAGAAGAGAUCGGAAGAGCGUCGGUUAUUGGAAGGAUGACCAUUCAUCACCCCAGGUAAAUUGCUGAUUAUGCAGAAAAUAACAAAUAUACAUGGCAGAAAUUAAAUAUCCUUAUUUCCUAAAAAAAAAUUGCCAUGGGAUGAAAAACUAUGCUUAAUUUAAUAUAAGUAUUGUAGUUUUCAUAAGGAUAGUCACUGUUUUCUAUAAAUAUAAUAUAUUUUAUUUCACUUACCCCCCACGAAAACACGAUUUCAGCCAUAUUUUGCCGUCUUGUUCGCUUUAUAUCGCCGUGUCUCGCAAAUAACAUCCAGUUGUUAUACUUUUACAUAAUGGCAAAUGGCUAUAAAGGAGAUUUCAACCAAGUUUCGGCAAGUUUUGGAGCAGUGCAGUGUAUUUUAUCUUCGAUAUUGUGUCCUUCGAUAUUUCGUCCAUAUGCCGCCAUUUUAAUGGCUCGCCGAUUCUCUGCUCGAUAAAUGCCACUUCUUCGUCUUCAUAUGUAUUUAGAUUACAGUAUCCAAGAGUAGUUCAUUGUAGAAUAGUCCUAAACGAAAAAUUGAAAAAAUUACUUGCACUUUGAAGGAAAAAACCUCCCACAACAAAUUCAGGAUAGGAAUAAAAACAAAUCAUUUGAAAGUCACGCGCAAUCUUCGCGAAAAUUCCUCGUGGCUACUUGACAGGAGGGGGGCGAAUAUUUUCACGAAACGUUGUUCCCACAGCAACCUAACUGGAUGUUUGGAUAUAUUAUAUUUAUUGCAUUUUUAUGAUUGAUAAUAAAAAUACGUAAACAUUUAAUGUUUUUAAUUUUUAUUUUUAAAUCAUAAAAUACAAUAAAUACAAUAUAUUUAGUUGAAACUUGAAUUUCUGUGGUGGCGAACGUUUCGUGAAAAUAUUCGCCCCCCCUGUCAAGGAAUUUUCGCGAAGAUUGCGCGUGACUUUCAAAUGAUUUGUUUUUAUUCCGAUCCUGAAUUUGUUGUGGGAGGUUUUUUCGUUCAAAGUGCAAGUAAUUUUUUCAAUUUUUCUUUUAGGACUAUUCUACAAUGAACUACUUUUGGAUACUGCAAUCUAAAUACAUAUGAAGACGAAGAAGUGGCAUUUAUCGGGCAGAGAAUCGGCGAGCCAUUAAAAUGGCGGCAUAUGGACGAAAUAUCGAAGGACACAAUAUCGAAGAUAAAAUACACUGCACUGCUCCAAAACUUGCCGAAACUUGGUUGAAAUCUCCUUUAGCCAUUUGCCAUUAUGUAAAAGUACAACAACUGGAUGUUAUUUGCGAGACACGGCGAUAUAAAGCGAACAGACGGCAAAAUAUGGCUGAAAUCGUGUUUUCGUGGGGGGUAAGUGAAACAAAAUAUAUUAUAUUUAUAGAAAACA